GUCUUGGAUACUUUCGACCUCCUCGAACAGUGCUUUGCCCUGGGGGAAGCGUUCGCCCCACAUUUGUGCUUCCAGUACGAAAGGGCAUUAUUGGCGGGGGCUUCCGUCAUAGUCUUCGUGGACAGUUUGCUGCUGUUGUUGGCGGUGUGCAAGGGCUCCAGCAAAGUCGUGGACUUCGGGGGGCUCGUGCACGCCAUCCAUCUGCUCACGGCGUCGCUCCGGCUGUUGGCGUGGUGGGAACACGUGGACAGCGCCGCGAUUAUUGCGGACGGCGGGAGCCGCUGCGGCAAUGCUGGCCGGGUGGCCAGGAGGCUCGGCAUCCGUCUCAAGACCGUGGAGUUUCCGCCUCGGCUGGCCGAUAUGCGCCAGGUCCCGGCAAAUACUCUGCUUGGGUAUCUGGAGUCGGGGUUCGAUGGACAAGGCGUAAGGUGCUGA